GAGUGAGCGCGCGCCCGGACUGCAGCGACUUUUCCCAACUUUGUGAAGCGGAAACUCGGCGGAUUUGAGCCGCGGAUCUGAUGGGAGAGACUCGAACCCAGCCCGCAGGACACCCGGGAGCGCGCGCACGCCUCAUUCUCACUCCGCUUCUCUUUCAUGUACUGGAAAAAUGAGAUUUUGGCCCCUCUGUCAGAGGGAAACCCAGCUUUAUCCGAAGGAAUUCACUCUAAACAGUCCCACUCCGACGGUGAGUCUCAGAGGUCGGUGAUGGAGAAAGAGGAGCCGCGCUGCUCUCCCAGUCCUCCGUCCACACCGUCCAUCUGCUCACCCACCUCCAGCGCCUCCGCAUCUUCCGUCCCCUCCACCGGAAAGAACGUGUGCGCGAGCUGCGGCCUCGAGAUACUCGACAGGUACCUGCUCAAGGUGAAUAAUCUGAUGUGGCACGUGCGCUGUCUGGAGUGCUCGGUGUGCAGAACCUCACUGCGCCAACACAGCAGCUGCUACAUCAAGAACAAGGAGAUCUUCUGCAAAAUGGAUUAUUUCAGUAGGUUUGGUACUAAGUGUGCCCGCUGUGGGCGCCAGAUCUACGCCAGCGACUGGGUGAGACGAGCUCGCGGAAACGCUUACCACCUGGCCUGCUUCGCCUGCUUCUCCUGCAAACGUCAGCUUUCCACCGGAGAGGAGUUCGGCCUGGUCGAGGAGAAGGUGCUCUGCAGGAUCCACUACGACACCAUGGUGGAGAACCUGAAGCGGGCUGCUGAGAGCGGAAGUGGUCUGACGCUGGAAGGAGCCGUGCCGUCGGAGCAGGACAGCCAGCCCAAACCGGCUAAACGUGCUCGCACGUCCUUCACCGCCGAGCAGCUGCAGGUGAUGCAGGCUCAGUUUGCGCAGGACAACAACCCUGAUGCUCAGACGCUGCAGAAGCUCGCGGACAUGACGGGACUCAGCAGACGAGUCAUACAGGUUUGGUUUCAGAACUGUCGCGCGAGACACAAAAAGCACACACCGCAGCACGGCGGCCCUCCUCAGGCCCACCCGCAGGCACGCAUGCCCCCGUCGUUGCCUGACGAGCUGCAUUACUCACCCUUUGGCAGCCCAGAGAGAGCGCGCAUGGUGGCUCUGCGUGGCUACAUCGACAGUCAUCCGUUUUCGGUCCUGACCACACAGAGUCUCCCCCACCAGGCCAUGUCUCUGCCACAGCUGCCCCUCAGCCGCUAAUGACCCCGCCACAUCGACCCCUGACCCCUCAACCCUGACCUCCCGCUCCCGACUUCCAUCCGCUCUUCAGAGGUCACCUCUGGCUGAAGGACAGGGUCACCGUCCCCGCGUGCUCUUGACCUCCGACCUCACAGGGGUGGGGGGUGGGGGUGGGGUGUUUCCCUCCUGCCUUUCAGUGGACAGGAUUUUCCUCACUCCACACCUGCAGGCGAGUUGUACACACCUGUGACCCGUUAGCGGCGGCCCAGAACCUCAUUAUCAAGAACCGAGACUGAGACCAAGACCAGGAUUUUGGACCUCUGAUGCGCACAGCACACUGAAGAGCGGCUCGAAACAUUCGGAGAACAUCCUCGGUUCUUACUGCAGGAUUAAAAUAAAGUAUAUGGAGUGAGAUGUGGAGCAAAGCGGGACGAGUCAUCAUCUGUCGCUCUGAGAAAAAAACUGUAGAAAAAAACUAACAAAAAAAUAAAACCAAUCAGUGAUUAUUUGUUGAGUAUCGCGCUGGAUCUGUGCGUCUGUUCCCAAGUGUUUACAUGGAUCUCUCUCUCUUUCUGCUUCUGAUGGAUUUAUCAGCGAAAAGUCACAAUCAUCGCCUGCUCACAUCUGCAUCUCCGCUCCGUCAGGCAUAUAAAAACCCACAGAGAUGACAGCCGAGACGAACAGCUUCACAAAAUACUCGUCUGAUCUUACGAUUCUGUCUGAGGAUGGACGAUACGACACGAAGAAGAAACAUCUCAAUACUUGAAGACGCUUUUCAGAGUAAACAAGACGCCUCGUCAUAUUUAGAGGCUGAAGUGAACUGAACUGAACUGCGGUGCUGCAAGAUGAAAAACUACAAGUCUAAGACUUAUUUUUAAAAGUGGUAUUAAAUCGGUAUAGAAUAGUAAACUACUCACUGAUGUAAGUCAUAAUGGAGUCAGUCAGUGUUACAAAAAUUCACGAUUCUCAUGAUAUGUCAGAAAAAAAUCAUUUCAAAAUGCAUUGGCUGGGAGAUGAAAAUCCUCAAACCUAAAACGUUUUUUUGAAAAAUACAUUUUGUAUGAAUUUGCAAAAGUGUGAACUCAGCGAGAAAAACAGGACGUUUCUUCAGGACGUUUAUCUGAAACACAUUUUUUUUUUAUCAGCAAAUCGUGAAUGCUGUUUUAUCCACAAAGUAGGAUGAGAUGAACACCGAGGACAUGUAAAGAAAAUUAAAAUACAAACACAUUUUUUUUAAUUCAAGUCGUGUCCUGCCGUGAAAUGGGAGCAGAAUAUAUGUGUGUGUGUGUGUGUGUGUGUUUCUGUUUUUUCGCUGAUUCUGUGUCUGCCAUGUUGACUUGUGGCUUGUGCCUGAGUUCCGGUGAUGUAAAAGCGAGCACGUGACUCGGCCCGGACUCUGACAUCAUGGUGGCGUGAGGCAAAAAAAAAAAAAAGAAAAAAAGAAAAUAAAAAAAAAAGGAAAAAAAUCUGUAGCUGUCACUAAACUGUAUAUUUGUAUUGCGGAGUACGUUUGUGUGUUCUGAGCUCGGAUGAGGAUGAGGAUGAAAACGAUGCCUCGACGUUCCUGUAUUUAUUGAAACCGAUAUUAGCCUGUAAAGCACUUUUCCCCCCAGUUGUCCCGUUGUCUGUUUUGUAAA